UGUAGAGCGGUUUGUACCGUAAUUUUUUUCCUGCUGUUUUCUGUUUUUUUUUGGGUGUUCUGUUUGUUUUCUUUUUGUGUUUUGAUUGUGUUCUCAUAUAUACUUUUUUGUUCUCUUUUUUAUAUUGUGUAUUAUAAAUAUUUGUUCAUUGGUUUUGCACAACAUACCUAGUUACUGCUUAUAAUUUUUUUUUCUUGCGCUAGAACUAAAAGGUCCCUACUGGAUAAUAUGGCUUAUCCUAUAAAAUUUUUACUCUUACAAAAGUCGGAAUUAAUGUAUGAGGUUGCUAUACGUGGUGAAGAUCCAUCCGAUAAAGUAGAGAGUUUACGCAAACAAGUUACCAAAUUAACUCAAUUAUAUCCACCUGAUGAUAUUCUUGAUUCGGUUUAUAGUUUUGAGGAUGACGUUAAGGGUUUACAAGAAACUCUUGCUAAAAUAAAAACGAAUAUCGAGUCCUUGAACAUAAAUUAUGUUGAAUCGCUACUCAAUAGAACUAGAUCACUAUUAAAUCACGUGUUUUAUAGAUUACAGCGAAUAGAGAAACCGAACUUAUCUGAACAAAAGAAUAUAAUAAGUAGUGUUCUUAAAACCUACGAGAAAUGUUUUCUGCCUUCUCACUUUUAUCACAGAAAACUGUUAGUGAGCCAAACACUAUGCAAGACACUGCCGCGUCAAAUGAGGAUAUAGUUGCUGAUAAACUUGAUCAAUCUGAUCUUAAAAUCUCCGUGACCUGUGAUCGUGGAGUUUCUAAUGACCUCAAACAAUUGAAAUAUGAUGGAAAAACCUGUGUCCGUUCUUUCAUUCAAAGACUCGAAGAGUUCCGUGAGUCAAAAAACAUCUCGGAGUCAAAAAUGCUAGCCUCUGCGGUUGAUAUUUUAACUGGCGAUGCAUUACACUGGUAUCGUAGUGUCAAAAGUAAAAUACAUGACUGGAACACUCUAGUUUCACGUCUCAAAGCUGAUUUUGAUAUACUAGACUACGAUUAUCGUAUGUCUUCUGAAAUACGGGAUCGAACCCAAGGGGAUGGUGAAUCUAUCACUAUCUAUUUAUCAAUAAUGGAAGGCAUGUUUUCGCGUCUUAGCAAUCCCUUGAGCGAUGAAGAUAAAUUAGAAAUAAUUUUACACAACAUUCGUCCAUGUUACUCGACAAUAAUUGCUGCGAGCCCUUCUUUAAAGUCUGUGGAUGACUUAAGGGUUAUUUGUCGGAAUUAUGAACAUAUUAAGGUUCGCUCCGAUAAUUAUAGGGAACCACCUUCUGUGAGCUCUAAAACGUUAGCGCCUGAGUUUGCCUAUCAGUCUCAACAUAAAAAAUACAAUAAUACACAGAGCAAACAAUAUUUUAACAAAUCUAAGCCUUUCCAAUCUUUUAAACCUGAAUCUAGUCCGGUUUUCGAGGUUCAAGCCGCUGAAACUGCUGCGGUGUCUAAACCUGAGAAGUAUUGCCAGCGUUGUCGCGUCAAUACUCACUCAAUGAAGGAAUGUACGGCUGAACGUACAAUCUUCUGCUUCAAAUGUGGUAUGAAGGACGUACGUCUACCUGAAUGCCCUAAAUGCAACGGGUCAAAAAACUAAAUAAUGAAAAUUGUGGAAAACCAGCAGCUAUUUAUUUUGAUAUCUCGGAAUGGAAUAAAUGGCUGUUGACCAUUAAGAGUUUCUUUACAACUCAUUCUAUUUCCCCAAUUUUCAAUUCAAAACCGAGUGAAGACCCACGUCCCUAUGUCAAAAUACGAAUCAACAAUACUGAUGAUCUUGAUAUGUACGGUUUGCUUGAUUCUGGCUCAUCUGUUACAAUCCUUGGUAGGGAUUCUCACAAGCGUCUUCUUCAAUAUGAUUUGACUAUGUGUACUGAUGAUAUAAUCACAGUUACUGCUGCAGGUGGUCAGAAGAUAACCUCACUAGGUUUUAUGCUUCUGCCGGUUUCAUUUGAGGAAAAGUUUUCUCUCAUAAAAGCUCACAUUGUUCCCGAGAUCGAUACUACUCUUAUACUAGGUAUAGAUUUCUGGACUCAAUUUGACUUGUGCCCGAAGUACCUCUCAAACUCUGAGAACUUGUUUCAGACUGAUCCUGGCUUGUCAGAAAUCUCUUCUGAAGUUCACCUUCAUGCGUACGAUAACCUCGAUAGUGCCCAAAAACAGAUAGCUGACGAUGUUUUGGAGCAAUUUAAAGAUAUAUCCUUUGGUGAGAAAGGCUUAGGUAGAACUCAGUUGAUCACUCACAAAAUCAACACCGGUGAUGCGGAGCCUAUCAGACAGCGAUACUAUCGUAUGUCUCCGGAGAAGCAACGCAUCAUUACGGAACAAGUUGAUGAGAUGCUUGCAUUGGACGUGGUCGAACCUUGUGAAAGUCCUUGGUCUUCACCCGUCUUGGUUGUUGGCAAGAAGGAUGGUAAACCUCGCUUUUGCCUCGAUAGUCGGAAACUUAAUGCUGUCACCAAGAAGGACGCUUAUAAUCUUCCUUAUGUAAGUGAGAUCUUGGACAACCUGAAAGAUGCUAGAUACCUCUCUAGCAUUGAUUUAUCUAAAUCGUUUUGGCAAAUUUUGAUAGAUGAGCCAGAUCGCGAAAAGACAGCAUUUUACGUGCCUGGGCGUGGUAGCCUCAUGUUCAAAGUAACAGCCUUUGGACUUACUAACGCUCCAGCUACACAGCAAAGACUUGUGGAUAUGUUGUUUGGUCCCGAGUUUGAACUAAAAGUCUUCGCUUAUUUAGAUGAUUUUAUCAUCAUAAGUAAAACCUUUGAAGAGCACGUAUCUUUGCUUCAACGCGUGCUCGAUAAACUGCGCUCAGCUAACCUUACUGUGAACCUUGAUAAGUGUCAGUUUUUUCGUAGCAAACUUCGUUAUCUUGGCUACAUUGUCGAUGCUCAGGGCCUUCGUACUGAUCCAGAGAAAGUUGAGGCUAUACUGAAUUAUCCUACUCCAACAACUAGGAAAGAGGUAAAACGCUUCCUCGGUACCGCGUCUUGGUACAGGCGUUUUAUCCCGCAUUUCAGUACGGUUGCUGGUCCACUUAACAGCCUGACAUCGACGAAAAAGAACUCGCCUCCUUUUCAGUGGACUCCUGAAGCUGAUAAAGCUUUCUUGGAGCUCAAAUCCCGGCUGGUCCAAGCACCUGUCUUGGCCUGCCCUAACUUUGACUAUCCUUUUGAGGUUCACACUGAUGCCAGUAACUUUGGGAUCGGCGCGAUGCUGGCUCAGACCAUUGAUGGUGUCGAACACCCAGUUGCCUACAUGAGUCGUAGUCUCAACAAAGCAGAAAGAAACUACAGCACAACAGAACGAGAGGCCCUUGCUGUGCUUAUCGCUUUAGAACAUUGGCGUUGCUACUUGGAAAAUGGUAGUACCUUCAGUAUUUUCACAGAUCACGCGGCACUUAAGUGGUUUCUUUCUCUUUCGAAUCCUACUGGGCGUCUCGCUAGGUGGGGUGUCCGUCUUUCCUCGUUUAACUUCGAGAUCAAACACCGUCGUGGCAAAGACAACGUGGUCCCUGACGCUCUUUCAAGAGCCUUUCCUACAGAUGCCAUUACCAGCAGUAGUAAUGAUGUAGUUUCUUCUCCCCCUACUACAAAAGACCCCUGGUAUCUUAAAAUCUAUAAAGGCUGUCAAGAAUCUCCCAUCAGUUUCCCUAACUAUAGAGUGGAAAAUAAUACCUUGUACAGGCAUAUGAAAAACAAAAUUGUUUUAACCUCGGAAUUUGACUGGAAGCAGGUUGUUCCUUUAGAACAGCGAGAGAAUGUCCUUAACGAAUGUCAUUCAGAACCUAUAGCUGGACAUUUCGGCGUGUUUAAGACAUAUAAACGCUUAGCACUUCGUUUUUAUUGGCCUGGCAUGUAUGCUGAUGUGGUUGGUUUUAUCUCUCGGUGUGACACCUGUCUUGCAUACAAACUGCCUACUCAUGGCACCUUAGGUAAAAUGGGCAGGCCUAAGGAUGUUUCUAGACCUUUUCAGGUACUCUCUAUCGAUCUGGUUGGACCCCUACCUAAUACUCGGAAACAGAACAACUACAUCUUUGUUGUGACUUGCUGUUUUUCCAAGUAUUGUUUUAUAUUCCCACUCCGUAGAGCUACUGCGGAUUUAGUGACCAAGCAUUUGGAAAAUGAUGUUUUCCUAGUACAUGGUAUACCUCAAACUGUUGUCCUGGAUAAUGGCUGUCAGUUCAUUAGCCAUGAGCUUGACAGGCUGUUCAAAAAAUAUAAAGUGCCUAAUGUACAUUUUACCCCUAAAUAUACCCCACAAGUAAACACUGUGGAGAGAUAUAACAAAACUAUUGUUACUGCUGUGUCUACUUUUGUAAACAAUGAUCACAGAACAUGGGAUUUGAAUUUACCUCAAAUUCAGUUUGCCAUCAAUAAUUCGGUGAACGAAACUACCGGGUACUCUCCUGCAUUCUUGGUGCAUGGCCGUGAAUUGGUAACCUGCGGGUCACAUUAUUUGGAGAAUGAUGACUCAAAGGACAUGGUUUUUCUUCCAAGAGAUGCUUACGCUGAGAACUUAGGUCACUUGGCUGGUAUUUUUGGUGAAGUUCAAGCUGCACUAUGGCAAGCCCAUGCUAAGAAUAGUCAGCGAUACAACUUACGACGUAAAGAUGCUGAAUUUAACGUAGGGGAUAUCGUGUGGAAGCGCUGUUACUUCCAAAGUGACAAAGACGCUUAUUUUGCUAAGAAGUUGGCCCCCAAGUAUCAAAAAUGUCGCGUAAAACAUAAGCGCUCACCAUUAGUUUAUAUCCUCGAGGAUAUGAAUGGUCGGGAUUUAGGUGUUUGGCAUAUUAAAGACCUAAAAAUUGUAAAUACUCGGCUAAGAGAAUAAUAUUUUUAGAUUAGCAGUUAGAUAUUUUCUUGUGUCAUACUUGUUGUAUUUAUUGAAAGUACGACAUAAAUUGUAUAGAUUUUGCAUAUAAAAAAAAACUUAAGAAUAUUAUUAGUAAUCAUUGUAAAUAGUUGUAAAUAGAUCAUUAUUUUUAUUUUAGUUUAGCUGUCUAUUUAUCGUAUUUUACUGAGGUAAAAUACUCUUGUAGGUGAGGGGGUAAUGUAACGUAGCGUUACGAAACGCCUUAAUCUUAGUACCUUAUUAUACCUAUUCUAACUUAUAAUAAAUAAAACCUAAAACCUAAUUUUAAUAAACCUAAUAAAUAAACAUACUUUAAUUAAGUGAUCUAGUUCUAUUACGAUAAGUGAUAAUAAAAGUGUAGGUUCUAAAGUACGUUGUCACCGACAAACCGUUUCCAAUUAUAAGUAGCGAAUAGUUUCGCCCACUCGUGACGUCACCCUUUGUUCACCUUAGAUCUAGCGAUAAGCGACCGGCCGACUACGGGAGGGGCGCAUUGAUUUGCACGGCGAUCAGUCUCUGCUCACCGCUCUGGCAACUAGCCGCUCAUAAUAAAUAUCAUACGUACCUUGUCUGCGAGUACCUAACUCGUCAAAUCUAGACGUUAAUAAUUUUUAUAAUUCCUCAAAUAAGUGUUUAUACGUUGUUCCCAUCUGGGAACAACUGCCGGACCGAUUAAAUCGGCCAGUUCCGGACCACGGAAGACUCACCCCGGGCGACUGUCCCGGGCUUCCCCUCCCGCUACCUGAGUAGCUGACCUCGUCGGAUCCCUCGACCCCGACGUGGACCUGGACCUGGAGCUGCACCUGGACCUGGACCUGGACCUGCACUUCGACAGGAAGCCAAGGAGAGUGCGGUAUUUCUGGACCGAACCAGUGCGCGUGUGACACCCUUGACCUUGGCCUAACCGACGACCUAUCUACCUACUUAUUUAAAAUAAAUCUUUUUUUUAAACUAAAUUAUGUUCGUCCU